AUGUCAUUCUCCUCAUCCUCAAAAUGUAUUGUGUCAACCUCACCUCUGCGUUCAACCUUUAAACUCCCUGAACGUGUAUAUGGGCACUUUAACAAUCUGCCUCCUAUCAAGUGGGAGCUUACUGAUGAUGUGAACCUGGCAUUCAAAACCCACACAGAACUGAUGGAAGAGAUUGGCAAAACUCGGCAUGAGUUUCGAAAAGCCAAGAUUGUGGUGGAGCGGGCUGCAAUUGCAGUAGAUGCAACCAAUGCUCAGUUAGCAUUGGGAGGGAUGUAUGCAUCCAAGGCUCAGGUGCAGCUUUUGGCAAGAGAGGAAACGGAGAAGUCGAAGGAUGAGGGUGGUCACAUUAAGGGGACAUUUGGCCAUGUUGUGACACAUAAGGGCUUCUUGAGGGAUCAAGCUGAGCGUGCAUGA